UGGAGAGUAAAAAGAGACAAGGGUAAUAAAGAAAACAGUGUGAAAACAGUUUGAAACCUCAUCACUCUGGAUAAUAAGCUAAUAUUAUCAGGGUAGUUUUAAGAUAAAAACUAUCUGUUUUUGAACAUACAAAGGGGGUUUGAAUUUUCGUGUGAUUUUAUUUGUUUCUGCAACCAUUUAGGUACAUGUUCACGCACCUUAAAUAUCAAACUUUUAUUUUCGCUUGUUACAUAUAUAGGAGUACGUUCAGAAUCAGUUGUUUCCAAGACUGAGUACGAUGAUUACCAACUUGUUUCAGAGUAAUCACUUCAGUGUACGCAAAGCUGCAGUCAGAGUUUAUCUAACCUGCCUCAGUCGAUGUCCGAAUGAAACAUUUAAAGAAGUUCUUCUUCAAACUGUAAAUGAUUUAUGCAUGAACGCGGAUAAGCAAUCUGAAACCUACCAAGAUAAAUCACCCUCAAAUUUCGAAAGCUGGAAAAGUAACCCAUAUUUCAAUGAAAGUCUCCUAACUCUUUGUCGAUCUUUAAUUAAGAAAGUUGGUGAAACCAAUCUGCCUUCGAAUACUGGGGACUUACAGAACUGUUUAGUUAAUUUUUAUUUGGGUCAUUCAUCUCAAUAUGUCCGCGAUAGUGCAUGCAGUCUGUACCUGACAUUGUUCAUCAGUGCAUCAAAAAUCCCAAUCGUAUUCGUUACCUAUUGAAUAAAAUAUUGGAGAAGUGGCAAGUUAAGCAAGAUGUGUUAUCACCUCUUUCAAAACUACUAAUUCAAAUAAACGAAACGGAAACUACCACACCGCGUGAAAUCCCUUUGACUGUGAGCUCCAAAUUAAGUUGGACAUGGCGUGAGGGGCGCAUGCGCAUGUACUAUUUAGUCGCACGCUCAUUAGUUGGGCUUCAUCUUAAAGCUCUUCACGAAUUAGAUGCUGAUGGUUAUAACCCAAUGAAUUCUGAAGACUUUUGUAUCAGCCCAACCUUUACAGAUGAUUGUCCUCAAAGAACCUUAUAUACAUCAUCAAAUAAUAAUUUACACCAAUUUGGCUUCAGUCCUGUACCAAAAUCAAUUCCUCCCGCUCUUGUUUCAAAUCCAGAUCGUCGAGCUCCAGUUAAUAAAUCAUCAGCAUCGUCACAACCUGUAGAAAGUUCACCAACGCUCUCUCAACAGGGGGCAAAAUUAAGCUCUCCACAAACGUCCAUUUAUUUAACAGUUUUGGAAAAUAUCCGAAUGCUCGACAACGAAAGAAAUGAUAAACAGACGGAUAGCAAAACUCAGUCGUGGAUUAAACGUCUAAGUAUAGUGUCAGGAUUAACUUCAACGAGUAAAACAAAUGUCGGUCAUUCAGAGUUAAAUUCUAUCAGCAUGAAAUCUAUGUCAUUCAAUAUAUUACGAUUAGCUGUAGAGUGUACAUUAGAUGAGAACAAUGGUCUACGUCAUUCAGCCCAAAAAGCCAUUAAUGAUGUCGGAAGGCUAAUACGAUGGUAUGAUGCUGAUCUUUUGUUGGAAAUGAUUUCGUUGCAUAUGGUAGGUCCGCCAACUAUGAUGUCGUAUGCAACUUUAAAGAUUUUACGUGAUGGUCUAUCUGAAUUAUGCAUGUAUGAUGAAAUUUUACAAAAGAAGAGGAAGAACCUGGUUUCACUGAGAAAUAUGCGAUUUCUGGAACUGUUCCGAUUUUAAAUGCAGCAUUGCUUUAUGGUUUGUUUUCGCCGGAUAGAUCAAGACUGUGGCUUCAAUGUUGCCAGCAAUAUAUUCUGGAUAGCACAAUGGCUCUUUUUAUCAGUACUUUAUCAAUAGAAUGUGCUUUGAGAACCCUUUGUCUUGUACACAGAUUGUCUAAUCUAUCACUCGUAGCAUGCACCUGGGAAAAUAUGAGGCCUAAUCCUUUUUCAAAUCUGCCAUACGCACAACGUAAACUAGAUCUAGAUGCGAAAGAUGUAAAAAGCUGAUGUUCAUAAGUCUAAUGUUUCAUGAUGGACUCUUGUGGUAGCAUGGUUUCGUGUUUAUCUUUUAGAUCUCGUUUAUCAAUCACUUUUAUUAUUUAUUAACCAAAUCCCGACGAAGUAUAAAUUCGGGAGGCAACACGACUCGCGAACUACUGUUUAUUAUUGGAUACCACAGACAACAAUCUUAGAAGCAAACUAAGCGAAUUUAGGUAGAAAGGCCAGUGCGACUAGCAGAUUCCAAGUCAAAUCAAAUUUAAUCAAUUGGACGGAUGGAAAAGAACGAUGAAGUUUACGAGGAGCCGAAAUUUUCAUUGUACUUUUUCUUUUUUCCUAUACUGUACCUCAUGGUCCCAUAUAGUAAGGAAAGACAACCAGAUGCUGCUAAACCUAGCGGGCUAUCAGAAGAGUGUUUGCCAACGACACAACUCGUUGGGUUUAAACGUCUGGCUGGCCACGUCUUAGGGUCAUCACUACCCAACUGGGGGGUGACCUGAAGCGGUAAAUAAAUCCCCAAAAUAAAUAGCUCUGUAAGUUUUCCACAUUGGAUGCUGACCAGAUUAGUUUUGAUGGACUCACCUAGCUGAAGGCGCUCGGUCAUGCAUCCGCAUCAGAUCACGUGUGGGAACGCCGUGCUCAACAUCUACUGCAAUCGCUAGCCAGACUAGGUCAGACAAUCCCGAUAUAUUGGCAAUCUUCAAAUACAACUUCUGAUCUCCUCGAUUCUGUCUUUUGAUUUCUCCUGGUGGGUACGAGUUACAUUAGGAGGUGUUACUGGAAGAAGCGUUGUCAAACACUGAAUACCUGUGCCAUCUUUAAGUUCGUUAGUGAUCCUCUGAACUUAGGAUUCUCAUCCUACCAGUAAAUAUCGAAAACCUUUCUUACAUAAAUAUAUAUUACAUAUUUCUGGUUAUAUGACUUCUAUAUAAUAAAUUGUUGUUAAAUCUUGAUUUUGUUUUUGAUUUAAGACCUAAAACAGUAGUUUCUGUUACGAUUUACAUUCAGUUCGAUAUUAUGGUGGAUCAUAGGGCCCUCAGUCUCUUCAGAAAUUCUCCAGUAUCAAAUGAACCUUAAGAAAUCGUAGACGCAUCCUUGACACGUAGCAUCAGAACCACAGAUUGCAAGUUGGUGUAGUAGAUCACAUCAGGCUCCCCAAUGAAAAUACCACAGGUAUUUGGAAUUCGACAACGCUUUAACCAGUAACACCUACUACAAGUAGUACCCAAAAAGUGAAAUCGAAAGACAGAAGCGAGGAGGUUCGAAGAUAUAUUUGAUAGGCCAUCAAUAUAUCGAGGAUCGUCUGAUCUAAUCUGGCUAGUGACUGCAGAAGUUGUUGAGCACGGCGUUCUUACUCGUGAUCUGUUGCGGAUGUAUGACCGAGCGCCUUCAGCUAUGUGAGUCCAUUAAAAUUAAUGUGGUCAGCAUCCGAUGUCGACGACUUACAACGCUAUUGAUUUUGAGGAUUUAUUUAUCGCUACUUUCAAUACAUUUUUCAUGGAAUAUACUGGUUAGCGACUUGUGCUCCACUUUGAGGGAUAGGAGGUGUCAUUAUACAUAUAGUACGUAAAGUAACUACCUGAUAAGUACUAUUUCAUUUCUGUAUAUUAUAUGUAUUCAUUACUUAUUGAAUGUAUCUUUGUUUGCAGCAGGAAUUAUUAUAGCACCUCUCCUACAAUUAAGUCCGUUUGCGGUUAGUUCUCUGAAGCUCUUCAAUUAACUUAUUCAAAUGACAGUGUUAUUCGUUCAUAUCUUUGUUCUACUAUUAUUACUACGAUAUCUGUGCGAACAUAUGUGGUCGAUCACGUGUGGCAGCCCACGCACAUGUUAUUUACUCUACCUUAAAUGUUAGUCGCUUAGAUAUCGCUAGAUGAACCACUCUUCCCUUCGUAUAUAUAUAUGCUUGAAUCUUACCAAUUGAUUAAAUUUGAUUUGACUUGGAAUCUGCUAGUCGCACUGGCCUUUCUACUUAAAUUCGCUUAGUUUGCUUCUAAGAUUGUUGUCUGUGGUAUCCAAUAAUAAACAGUAGUUCGCGAGUCGUGUUGCCUCCCGAAUUUAUACUUCGUCGGGAUUUGGUUAAUAAAUAAUAAAAGUGAUUGAUAAACGAGAUCUAAAAGAUAAACACGAAACCAUGCUACCACAAGAGUCCAUCAUGAAACAUUAGACUUAUGAACAUCAGCUUUUCUGAAAUAAAAGAAGUAAAAAAAUAAACGUUAGUCAAGAACACAAGAAUCGUGUAUAUUAGCAUAUAUUUUCCAGUUUUAUGUAUGCAUAUAUUGCUUUACUUGACUAACCGUGUAUUUGCCUUUUAUUAGACUCCUGGCAAAUUCGUGAGGCUAGUUCCCUUUACUAAUCAAGAGAAAACAAGUGUGAUGUUCUCAUAAAACGUGAUUAGAUAUCCAGUGUCUGCACAUUUAAUAGGUUUAUAUCCAUAUUAUUGUAAAUAACUGCUACUAUCGUGUAAUAAAUAUUACAUGAGUUCGAGCACUUUUACGCAACUAGGAAAUAAAGUGGUUAACGAUGGAACUAUAUCAGAAAGUGCACGUUCAUGUACUACAUUCAUGUAGCAUGAGUAUCUCGUAAUUUACAACCACUCACUUCGAAUCGUCGUUCGAUGAACAAGUGUGUCGGAAACGAACAACUAGUAUGUAUCAUUUAUCUAUGUUAAUGUUUAUAGGUAUAGGUAAUAAGCGCCUGAGUCCUGAUAAUUUUCAAGUGAAGAAAAAUUGUCCCAAACUCACUACAUGAACAUAACUUUAGAAGCGAAGAUGAAGAAAGGACUUCCAGUUUUCGAAAAGUACGUCAUUAAGAGCAGAGAACAGACAGGAACUUUGAUCUUUGACGAAAGAGCAUAGAUAAAAAUCAAGAGUCAUUGCUUUAUCCAACUAUGUAGCCAUAUGAUGUCAAACGCCCAGUCUUACUCGUGUAUACUGAAAUAAAAGCUUGGCAAAAUCAGUUUAAUGAUAGUGAAAGUAACUGCUGUGUGAUUUCUAGGUAGUUUAAUGACAUCAAAUUUCACCUAGUUGUAAACACUGAGUUCAAGGUUGAAGCAUUUGGUAGACGGUUCGAAUGACUACAGAUAGUAGACGGCGAUAGUUAUCCUUACGUUUCACAGUAAAGUAAGAUCGCACGGUACAUUCUCCCUACCGUAACAGUGUAAGAACAAGUUGAUGUCCGUAUAAAUUAAUCUAUGUAAAACUGGGGAAUAAUUACGAUCCCGAACAUCUAGAAGCAUUAGUAUGGUCAACUAGAACAAUGAGUUUCGUCGAUAUGGCCUGUUCGUUACCAUCGAUUAUACGUACAACUUGUGUACAUACGUCUUUAAGUGCUUCGAAGCAUGUAUACACUAGAUUCACAGCCUAAGGUUGUCUUAUUGCAUACACUAAGUGGAAGUUAUUAGUGAGCUUUCUUAGCCGAAACUCACUCUUGGUGGAACUGGACGUGGUAUUCAUUGCACAGAGAAUCACUUCCAUAAUGUAUCUCCAUGUCCAACAAUUGCUACGUUGAAAUAAAUCUACGACGGUUAUGCCGACCAUGAAACGCACACAUAUCUACGAAUUAAAUCUUUGGUAUGUACACACAAAAUACUACCACACAACAACAUGUAGUCAUUGAAACGCCAAAAAUCCAGAUUGUCAGCCGCAGUAUUUAAACCCUAAAGUAUAAAUUUACUUGGGGUGAAGUAUGUGUGAAUAAUUGACAUUGUCUUCCUUCACUCAAUUGUAUCGGUGAGUUUGCUUUUCGGGAGGGUGGUGAUCACUGUCACCAUUUAUAUCCUGAAGACAAGAAUGUGACCCCAACUCAUUAUUUUAAAGUCCGUUUGCACAAGCAUAACUCAGUUUGGGAGAGGGUAGGAAGCUAAGUGCCCUGACAAUAGUGGUCUCCCAGUUGGUCCAACUUCCUCUUGAAAGCGUCAACAAAUGUAGCUUUAAUCACUUGUAGGGGUAGUUCCAUCCAUUGGUGAUUCGGUGAAAAAUUCGAGGUUCAGCUGACGAGUAAUUUGUUCUGGAUUUGAGAACUUCUGUAGAGUGUUCUCUUAAAUUCUCUGACUAGCUGCUUGUAUGCAGUACUUGAGUUUGUGAUGAACAAUUACUGUAUACAAAGUCAAAAAGAUAUUAACAUCGACAUAGCUAUAGGCUCUACGUAUUGACCAUCGGGUUCUGAAACCUUUAGCGGCCGUCGCACGGCGGUGCAGUGGCUUUUGAUUCUUCGGAUGACGACGACUCCUAAGUCAUUGUGUGUCUGGACGACAGACAGCUGAAUAUUAUUCACUGUGUCUGUACCUUUGUGACCAACAGACAUCGCAAUGCACUUGGAAGCAGUUAUCGGCAACUGCCAAUUUCGAGACCAUCCAGAUAAUUUCUUCAGGUCAUUUUGUAACUUAACCAUCAGCUUUACCUUUCAUCACUCCAUAUCUUGACAUCGUCAGCAUACAACAAGACCGGUGAUUAUAGGAAGGUCAUUUGUGAACAGAAGAGAAUACAUUGUCCUCAAAACUACGCUGAGACACUCCACUAGGCCCAGUUUCCCUAUUAGACAGAUUUCGCACCAAAAUCUGAUUGAUUCGUCCAUAAAUCAUAGUUUCACCGAAAUUUUUGUGCCUUCUAUUGAGCGGCUGUACUCUUUCUCCCUGAAUCAUAUUUUCUAUGCCUGCUUCUUAUCAUUACCACUGAUACUUUUGUUGCUGUUUUCAUCUCAACAAUCCAAGCGAUGAGAUUAUAUGUUAUGGGUACUUUAACCGAUAGUUAUAUAUCGCCGAUAUUUUGUUGCCUUUGAUUAAGUGGCUGGUUGACAUUUACUGAUUCGUUUUUCUCUGAUUUUGUUGCACUCAUUUGAGUAUUCAUUCUAGUUUGAAAAUAAUACUUUUCUCGUCACUGACGCUCUUGUCUUAUUUGGUUAAUGGCAGGAGAUUAUGGCAAUAAAAUGAGCUGUUGAACUCCAAUUCUAAGUGUUAUGUUCAAUCCAACUGCUGCUCAGUGAAGUGGCAUGUCAUUAAUAUUCUGCUACUACGUUUCUAGGUGGAAUGGUAAUAUUUGUUGGUUUAGUGACUUCAGUUUACCAAACGGUGGGUUCAUAUUUAGUGUCCAUCCCGUUAUGCAAUGUGACUCGACAACUCUCCACAAAUACAACUAAGAACAACCCAAGAUUUGAACCUCAAUCAAAGCCUGAUCACUUGUACAUCGACACUAGUUACUAUUGUCAUCUUAUCCCUUUGACUUACCAUAAUAACACGAUAGGACUUAAUAUGACAUUCUACAUUUUAUUAUGACAGCUUAAGUACAGCUAUCAACCGAGAUCCUUGCAGUGAAAUUCGCUAGUUACUCCUGUUACCCCUUGUGAAGUAUAGGCUGCCCACCAGUAUUCUCCAUCGUACUCCGUCCUGAGCAAUACUUUCCAGUUGCUAUUCAUUCUUUUGAUGUUUGCUUCCGAUUCUCAACGUAAUGUGUACCUUGGUCUUUCUCUUUUUCUUUUCCCCUCGAAAUUCCAAGUUAGUGCUUGCCUCGCAAUGCAGUUUGAUGAUUUCUUUAAUGUGUGUUCCAUCCACUUCCAGUGACUUUUCCUACUUUCCUCUUCAGUCGGAACUGGUUUGUUCCCUGCCACAGUAGGUUCUUGCUGAUGGUCAAUGGACGCCGAAUAUCUUGCGUAGAUAACUGUUUAUAAAAACCUGUACACUUUUCAUAUUGAUUGUAGUAGUUCUCUAAGUCUCAGCUCUGCACAAUAGAAAUUUCUUGACGUUUGUAUUGACGAUUAUGACUUCGGUCUCGGGUGACGGAGAACGGAGAACGGAGAAAAUCAAGACACAAGCUGAAUGCACAGAAGCAAAGAAGCACGUGAAGAAGAGCAUUGGAUCCAACAAGCGGAAAUACAUGGAAAGACGGAGGAACAGAUGGGUGGUACACUUCGAGCAACUCUUAAACAGACCAGCUCCAUUGAACCCACCAGACAUCGAAGCAGAGCACACAGACCUUCCUAUAACUGUCACUCCACAACGAUCGAGAAAAUCAGGAUGGCCAUCAGACAAACCAAUAGUGAGAAAGCAGCAGCACCUGACAGUAUUCCGACUGAAGCACCCAAGUCAGACACGGAAGUAACUGCAAACACGCUCCAUAUCCUACUUAGGAAGAUUUGGGAGGAAGAACAAGUGCCGACACUGGUGAUCUGAACAAGUAUGAGGACUACAGAGGCAUCACAUUACUGUCAGCACAAGGAAAGGUUUUCAACAUAGUGUUGCCGAACCGUGUGAAAGACUCCGUAAACGCUCAACUUCGAGAUCAACCGCCUGGAUUCCGUAAGGAUCGGUCGUGCACAGACCAAAUCGCGACACUACGAGUCAUCGUUGAGUAAUCAGUUGAAUGGGACUCAUCAUUAUGCAUCAACAUCAGUGACAUUGAGGAAGCAUUUGACAGUGUGGAUAGGAGAACCUUAUGAAACCUUCCUCGACACUAUGGUGUACCUGAGGUCGUCAACGUCAUACGGAAUUCGUACGAAGGACUACACUGCAAAGUCGUGCAUGGUGGACAGCUGACAGACACAUUCCAAGUGAAGAUCAGUGUCAGGCAAGGCUGCUCACUCUCUCCCCUUCUCUUUCUUCUGGUGGUUGACUGGAUUAUGGAGACCUCAACAACUGAUAGAAAGCACGGACGGCUCAGAGCCAAUUAGACGACUUGCACUUCGCAGAUGACCUAGCUCUUCUACCCCACACAAACCAACAAAUGCAGAUAAGGAUAACCAGAGUGGCAGAAGUCUCUGGAUCAGUAGAGCUCAACGUACACAAUGGAAAAUCAAGAUCCUUAAAUACAACACGGAGAACACAAACCCAAUCACAUUUGAAGGAGAAGCUCUGCGAGAGGUGGAGACUUUCACACAUCUGGACAGCAUCAUCGAUGAACAAGAAGGAUCUGAGAUGGUGGAGAAGAUUUGUAGCUCAGGUGGAUGAUUUUGAUGGAGUUUUGUCCUCUGAGCUGGAUGGUUUGGUCGUGGAGCUUUCAUCGUUCUUCUGAACGACAUCAUCAGCACAAACUUCAGAUAGAAGGAUCUGAUGCAGACGUGAAGAUGAGGAUUGGCAAAGCAAGGGCAGCAUUCCUACAGUCGAGGAUCUCCUGGAAUUAAAGACAACCGUCACCCGAGACCGAAGUCAUAAUCGUCAAUACAAACGUCAAGAAAUUUCUAUUGUGCAGAGCUGAGACUUAGAGAACUACUACAAUCAAUAUGAAAAGUGUACAGGUUUUUAUAAACAGUUAUCUACGCAAGAUAUUCGGCGUCCAUUGACCAUCAGCAAGAACCUACUGUGGCAGGGAACAAACCAGUUCCGACUGAAGAGGAAAGUAGGAAAAGUCACUGGAAGUGGAUGGAACACACAUUAAAGAAAUCAUCAAACUGCAUUGCGAGGCAAGCACUAACUUGGAAUUUCGAGGGGAAAAGAAAAAGAGAAAGACCAAGGUACACAUUACGUUGAGAAUCGGAAGCAAACAUCAAAAGAAUGAAUAGCAACUGGAAAGUAUUGCUCAGGACGGAGUACGAUGGAGAAUACUGGUGGGCAGCCUAUACUUCACAAGGGGUAACAGGAGUAACUAGCGAAUUUCACUGCAAGGAUCUCGGUUGAUAGCUGUACUUAAGCUGUCAUAAUAAAAUGUAGAAUGUCAUAUUAAGUCCUAUCGUGUUAUUAUGGUAAGUCAAAGGGAUAAGAUGACAAUAGUAACUAGUGUCGAUGUACAAGUGAUCAGGCUUUGAUUGAGGUUCAAAUCUUGGGUUGUUCUUAGUUGUAUUUGUGGAGAGUUGUCAAGUCACAUUGCAUAACGGGAUGGACACUAAAUAUGAACCCACCGUUUGGUAAACUGAAGUCACUAAACCAACAAAUAUUACCAUUCCACCUAGAAACGUAGUAGCAGAAUAUUAAUGACAUGCCACUUCACUGAGCAGCAGUUGGAUUGAACAUAACACUUAGAAUUGGAGUUCAACAGCUCAUUUUAUUGCCAUAAUCUCCUGCCAUUAACCAAAUAAGACAAGAGCGUCAGUGACGAGAAAAGUAUUAUUUUCAAACUAGAAUGAAUACUCAAAUGAGUGCAACAAAAUCAGAGAAAAACGAAUCAGUAAAUGUCAACCAGCCACUUAAUCAAAGGCAACAAAAUAUCGGCGAUAUAUAACUAUCGGUUAAAGUACCCAUAACAUAUAAUCUCAUCGCUUGGAUUGUUGAGAUGAAAACAGCAACAAAAGUAUCAGUGGUAAUGAUAAGAAGCAGGCAUAGAAAAUAUGAUUCAGGGAGAAAGAGUACAGCCGCUCAAUAGAAGGCACAAAAAAUUUCGGUGAAACUAUGAUUUAUGGACGAAUCAAUCAGAUUUUGGUGCGAAAUCUGUCUAAUAGGGAAACUGGGCCUAGUGGAGUGUCUCAGCGUAGUUUUGAGGACAAUGUAUUCUCUUCUGUUCACAAAUGACCUUCCUAUAAUCACCGGUCUUGUUGUAUGCUGACGAUGUCAAGAUAUGGAGUGAUGAAAGGUAAAGCUGAUGGUUAAGUUACAAAAUGACCUGAAGAAAUUAUCUGGAUGGUCUCGAAAUUGGCAGUUGCCGAUAACUGCUUCCAAGUGCAUUGCGAUGUCUGUUGGUCACAAAGGUACAGACACAGUGAAUAAUAUUCAGCUGUCUGUCGUCCAGACACACAAUGACUUAGGAGUCGUCGUCAUCCGAAGAAUCAAAAGCCACUGCACACCGCCGUGCGACGGCCGCUAAAGGUUUCAGAACCCGAUGGUCAAUACGUAGAGCCUAUAGCUAUGUCGAUGUUAAUAUCUUUUUGACUUUGUAUACAGUAAUUGUUCAUCACAAACUCAAGUACUGCAUACAAGCAGCUAGUCAGAGAAUUUAAGAGAACACUCUACAGAAGUUCUCAAAUCCAGAACAAAUUACUCGUCAGCUGAACCUCGAAUUUUUCACCGAAUCACCAAUGGAUGGAACUACCCCUACAAGUGAUUAAAGCUACAUUUGUUGACGCUUUCAAGAGGAAGUUGGACCAACUGGGAGACCACUAUUGUCAGGGCACUUAGCUUCCUACCCUCUCCCAAACUGAGUUAUGCUUGUGCAAACGGACUUUAAAAUAAUGAGUUGGGGUCACAUUCUUGUCUUCAGGAUAUAAAUGGUGACAGUGAUCACCACCCUCCCGAAAAGCAAACUCACCGAUACAAUUGAGUGAAGGAAGACAAUGUCAAUUAUUCACACAUACUUCACCCCAAGUAAAUUUAUACUUUAGGGUUUAAAUACUGCGGCUGACAAUCUGGAUUUUUGGCGUUUCAAUGACUACAUGUUGUUGUGUGGUAGUAUUUUGUGUGUACAUACCAAAGAUUUAAUUCGUAGAUAUGUGUGCGUUUCAUGGUCGGCAUAACCGUCGUAGAUUUAUUUCAACGUAGCAAUUGUUGGACACUUCCAUAAUGUAUCUCCAUGUCCAACAAUUGCUACGUUGAAAUAAAUCUACGACGGUUAUGCCGACCAUGAAACGCACACAUAUCUACGAAUUAAAUCUUUGGUAUGUACACACAAAAUACUACCACACAACAACAUGUAGUCAUUGAAACGCCAAAAAUCCAGAUUGUCAGCCGCAGUAUUUAAACCCUAAAGUAUAAAUUUACUUGGGGUGAAGUAUGUGUGAAUAAUUGACAUUGUCUUCCUUCACUCAAUUGUAUCGGUGAGUUUGCUUUUCGGGAGGGUGGUGAUCACUGUCACCAUUUAUAUCCUGAAGACAAGAAUGUGACCCCAACUCAUUAUUUUAAAGUCCGUUUGCACAAGCAUAACUCAGUUUGGGAGAGGGUAGGAAGCUAAGUGCCCUGACAAUAGUGGUCUCCCAGUUGGUCCAACUUCCUCUUGAAAGCGUCAACAAAUGUAGCUUUAAUCACUUGUAGGGGUAGUUCCAUCCAUUGGUGAUUCGGUGAAAAAUUCGAGGUUCAGCUGACGAGUAAUUUGUUCUGGAUUUGAGAACUUCUGUAGAGUGUUCUCUUAAAUUCUCUGACUAGCUGCUUGUAUGCAGUACUUGAGUUUGUGAUGAACAAUUACUGUAUACAAAGUCAAAAAGAUAUUAACAUCGACAUAGCUAUAGGCUCUACGUAUUGACCAUCGGGUUCUGAAACCUUUAGCGGCCGUCGCACGGCGGUGUGCAGUGGCUUUUGAUUCUUCGGAUGACGACGACUCCUAAGUCAUUGUGUGUCUGGACGACAGACAGCUGAAUAUUAUUCACUGUGUCUGUACCUUUGUGACCAACAGACAUCGCAAUGCACUUGGAAGCAGUUAUCGGCAACUGCCAAUUUCGAGACCAUCCAGAUAAUUUCUUCAGGUCAUUUUGUAACUUAACCAUCAGCUUUACCUUUCAUCACUCCAUAUCUUGACAUCGUCAGCAUACAACAAGACCGGUGAUUAUAGGAAGGUCAUUUGUGAACAGAAGAGAAUACAUUGUCCUCAAAACUACGCUGAGACACUCCACUAGGCCCAGUUUCCCUAUUAGACAGAUUUCGCACCAAAAUCUGAUUGAUUCGUCCAUAAAUCAUAGUUUCACCGAAAUUUUUUGUGCCUUCUAUUGAGCGGCUGUACUCUUUCUCCCUGAAUCAUAUUUUCUAUGCCUGCUUCUUAUCAUUACCACUGAUACUUUUGUUGCUGUUUUCAUCUCAACAAUCCAAGCGAUGAGAUUAUAUGUUAUGGGUACUUUAACCGAUAGUUAUAUAUCGCCGAUAUUUUGUUGCCUUUGAUUAAGUGGCUGGUUGACAUUUACUGAUUCGUUUUUCUCUGAUUUUGUUGCACUCAUUUGAGUAUUCAUUCUAGUUUGAAAAUAAUACUUUUCUCGUCACUGACGCUCUUGUCUUAUUUGGUUAAUGGCAGGAGAUUAUGGCAAUAAAAUGAGCUGUUGAACUCCAAUUCUAAGUGUUAUGUUCAAUCCAACUGCUGCUCAGUGAAGUGGCAUGUCAUUAAUAUUCUGCUACUACGUUUCUAGGUGGAAUGGUAAUAUUUGUUGGUUUAGUGACUUCAGUUUACCAAACGGUGGGUUCAUAUUUAGUGUCCAUCCCGUUAUGCAAUGUGACUCGACAACUCUCCACAAAUACAACUAAGAACAACCCAAGAUUUGAACCUCAAUCAAAGCCUGAUCACUUGUACAUCGACACUAGUUACUAUUGUCAUCUUAUCCCUUUGACUUACCAUAAUAACACGAUAGGACUUAAUAUGACAUUCUACAUUUUAUUAUGACAGCUUAAGUACAGCUAUCAACCGAGAUCCUUGCAGUGAAAUUCGCUAGUUACUCCUGUUACCCCUUGUGAAGUAUAGGCUGCCCACCAGUAUUCUCCAUCGUACUCCGUCCUGAGCAAUACUUUCCAGUUGCUAUUCAUUCUUUUGAUGUUUGCUUCCGAUUCUCAACGUAAUGUGUACCUUGGUCUUUCUCUUUUCUUUUCCCUCGAAAUUCCAAGUUAGUGCUUGCCUCGCAAUGCAGUUUGAUGAUUUCUUUAAUGUGUGUUCCAUCCACUUCCAGUGACUUUUCCUACUUUCCUCUUCAGUCGGAACUGGUUUGUUCCCUGCCACAGUAGGUUCUUGCUGAUGGUCAAUGGACGCCGAAUAUCUUGCGUAGAUAACUGUUUAUAAAAACCUGUACACUUUUCAUAUUGAUUGUAGUAGUUCUCUAAGUCUCAGCUCUGCACAAUAGAAAUUUCUUGACGUUUGUAUUGACGAUUAUGACUUCGGUCUCGGGUGACGGUUGUCUUUAAUUCCAGGAGAUCCUCGACUGUAGGAAUGCUGCCCUUGCUUUGCCAAUCCUCAUCUUCACGUCUGCAUCAGAUCCUUCUAUCUGAAGUUUGUGCUGAUGAUGUCGUUCAGAAGAACGAUGAAAGCUCCACGACCAAACCAUCCAGCUCAGAGGACAAAACUCCAUCAAAAUCAUCCACCUGAGCUACAAAUCUUCUCCACCAUCUCAGAUCCUUCUUGUUCAUCGAUGAUGCUGUCCAGAUGUGUGAAAGUCUCCACCUCUCGCAGAGCUUCUCCUUCAAAUGUGAUUGGGUUUGUGUUCUCCGUGUUGUAUUUAAGGAUCUUGAUUUUCCAUUGUGUACGUUGAGCUCUACUGAUCCAGAGACUUCUGCCACUCUGGUUAUCCUUAUCUGCAUUUGUUGGUUUGUGUGGGGUAGAAGAGCUAGGUCAUCUGCGAAGUGCAAGUCGUCUAAUUGGCUCUGAGCCGUCCGUGCUUUCUAUCAGUUGUUGAGGUCUCCAUAAUCCAGUCAACCACCAGAAGAAAGAGAAGGGGAGAGAGUGAGCAGCCUUGCCUGACACUGAUCUUCACUUGGAAUGUGUCUGUCAGCUGUCCACCAUGCACGACUUUGCAGUGUAGUCCUUCGUACGAAUUCCGUAUGACGUUGACGACCUCAGGUACACCAUAGUGUCGAGGAAGGUUUCAUAAGGUUCUCCUAUCCACACUGUCAAAUGCUUCCUCAAUGUCACUGAUGUUGAUGCAUAAUGAUGAGUCCCAUUCAACUGAUUACUCAACGAUGACUCGUAGUGUCGCGAUUUGGUCUGUGCACGACCGAUCCUUACGGAAUCCAGGCGGUUGAUCUCGAAGUUGAGCGUUUACGGAGUCUUUCACACGGUUCGGCAACACUAUGUUGAAAACCUUUCCUUGUGCUGACAGUAAUGUGAUGCCUCUGUAGUCCUCAUACUUGUUCAGAUCACCAGUGUCGGCACUUGUUCUUCCUCCCAAAUCUUCCUAAGUAGGAUAUGGAGCGUGUUUGCAGUUACUUCCGUGUCUGACUUGGGUGCUUCAGUCGGAAUACUGUCAGGUGCUGCUGCUUUCUCACUAUUGGUUUGUCUGAUGGCCAUCCUGAUUUUCUCGAUCGUUGUGGAGUGACAGUUAUAGGAAGGUCUGUGUGCUCUGCUUCGAUGUCUGGUGGGUUCAAUGGAGCUGGUCUGUUUAAGAGUUGCUCGAAGUGUACCACCCAUCUGUUCCUCCGUCUUUCCAUGUAUUUCCGCUUGUUGGAUCCAAUGCUCUUCUUCACGUGCUUCUUUGCUUCUGUGCAUUCAGCUUGUGUCUUGAUUUUCUCUGUUCAUAUUGGUUUGUCGUUAUUUUCUAGCACCUGUCAAUUCGCAUGGACAACUUUAAAUAACCAACGCAUGUUAAUACA